AUGAGCUCCUCUGGCAAGCUAUCUGAUGCUGAAAGACAAGUUCAGAAAACUGCAUAUAGAUGUCACACUUCUGGUCACUCGCUGCUGAGCGAACUGCGUUGUGUGACGGAAAAGCAAAAAAGCCACGACUGCAUGGGUGUCGUUGCUUAUGUGGUCAAAUCCAAGUUGCACCGCAAGAAGAUCGAACGGAUGGAGACUAAGUUCAAAAAUGACCGGGAGGAGUUGCAGAUGGAUUUGCAAUUAAAUAUUUUGUCACAGAAUCAGGUUAAAGAGUAUCUCGAGAUGGAGGGAUUCGAGAAUUUGGAGAUGGACAUACAAAUCUUGAUCAAUCAGGUAUCCAAAGGAUUUUUCGGACUGGAAAGAUUUAUCGCCGCUCAGCAAGAGGCAACAAACGAGCUCAUCGAAGCUCGGUUCGAUGUAACAGACGAGCUUAUCGCUCAGGAAUCCGCCAAAACACACCUCAGAUACACCGAGAUGCGACAACAAUAUAAUGACGUCUUGGAUUCGAGUGAGGCCAGCUUCGAUCGAGUCUUCGCAUCUUACAAAAGGAUCUCCAAUAAUGACAACGACUCCCAAAUCUCCAAAGAUGACAGUGGCCACUCAAGCACAAAUACUCGCCACAAAAAUGAGGAUGAUUCACAGCUUAGCGGUGGGUAUCAUGGAGAAAGCGAAGAAAAUGAGAUGAUUGACCGAGCCUGGUUCAACUUCCUUGAAUGGCUGAGAUUAAGCCAUUCCUGGAUCGGGAAAGAGUACUGUGAUGAAAUUUAUCCUUGA